CGAGAACCAUCAGUAAUUAGCCAGUGAAUAAACAAGCGGACGGGGCUCAAUGGUACCUGCAUCCAGCUCCAGGGUCAUUCAUCCGCGUGUAGCUAAUAUUUGAAGCUGGGCUGGAACGUCAAAAUUUCUCCUGGUAAUUCCACAGGCUCGUUCCUCGACCGAUACUUGACGCUGCACGCUAGAUUUGCUUGAAAGCGCUGUCAGCCUACAAGGUGACAGAAAUUGAAUACUUCCGCAGUUAAAUUGGAAUAUUUCCAGAGUGACUGCAGUGGGCCACCAUCAUGUCUCUUCUCCGUUCCUACCGGGCCUUGUCAAAAAACGCGAGGCUUGGAUUCGGCGUGGGACUCAUGGCAUGGGGUUUCAUAGGGUUGACCUGGUCGGAUAGUGUAGGAGAAAAGUUGGGCAUCAUCCCCGAUGAAAAGGAGAAGAAGGAUCUAGAGAGGCUGAAGCCUAGUAUCACCGUUGUUGAGAGGGGCCAAUGAUUGAUUGUGUUCCCAGGCUCUGGGCAAGCAGGGGAGUGACGGCCAGUGACGGGAUAGAUCCGUCUUUGCCUUGCGAUAUACUCGGUCAUCAUAAAGUAUAAUGGCACAUGUCCGAGUAGACAGAGAGCCGUGGUAACUCGGCAGUUAUCCUUCUCUCUCGAUUGCAACUAACUAUCUUCUCGACCCAUCUAUUUGUUCCGGCCUGAGAUACAGACUCGAAGUAAUCUCAUCUUUGUGUCCAUCUCCCGUAAUCGUGUACUCGAGCAGAAGAUGGACAAAUUACUUUUUUUGUUUGAAUGAAGAAGAGAGAGGGUGAAACGUAGAGUGAAAAGAUGUAUAAAGAAAGAAAGUAUCCAUAGUCUCGUUAUAACCCAUCCGCUUAUCCGGAUCAAUCUAAGCGCAUCGCCAGCGCCGAACACUGGCCUUGCAC